AUGUGCAGACUACGAGGCUCAGUUGAAACGAGCGGAGAAGCAGGCGAAAGAAUUGAGAAAAAAGCUGUCCACUACGAACGCCACUGGUGCCCAAAGUCCCUCUAUACCGGUCAAACAGUUGACAGCAAAUCCAUUGGGACCGACACCUGGGGAACUUCCUACAGCCGACCACAGAGGAAUAAGGAGCGCAUCAAGCAGUGUUUGUUUCUAUACUCUUCCAACUGUGGGUCAGUGGCCAGAUACGCGUGUCAGAGCAACCACUAUGGUCACACCGACUAUUGCCCGAGAUGCGGGCACGGAGUUUUA